AUGAAGGAAGGGUUGAGAUCCAGUGCCAAUUUAUUUACUAAAACGGAGAAAACUGAGGUUUCGCCGAGCAAGGAAAUGGUUACUGAGAAAGUUGGUGGGUUGAAACAAAGAAAUUGUGAGUUGACUGAUGAGGAGAACCUGAAAUUGAAUCAAGAAGAGGCACUGAAAGAAGAAAUGGAAGUGAAUCAGAGAGAUGGGUUUAAAAUAGAAGAAUGUGAAGGAAAGAGUGUUACUAGGGAAUGUAGUGCUGUUGAGGGUAUUAAUAAUAGAAGGAAAAGAAGUAGAGUUGAUGGCGAGGGAGAGAGUGAGGAUAGUGGCCUUGAAAAGAAGAAGGCAAGGGAGGUUGUUGUCAGGGUUCUGCGAUCGAGGUCUGUGACAGAAACUAAGAGUAAGGAGGUAGUUGGUAGAGGGCAGCGGACCGGAGGGAGUGACGGCUCUGAGAAGAAAAGGGUUGAGGUAAAAACAGAAGAGAGGGAUCAUUCUGAUGGUGAAGAUAGUGGGAAAUUAGAUAACGAGGCCAGGGAAAAAUUAAAGCAAAAUCAUGGUAGCUCACCCAAGGACCAGAAGAGUGAUGGGUCUGAGAACAGAUUGGCUGGGGUGAAAAAGAAAGAUAGUGAUCAUCCUGAUGGCGAAGACCCGUGGGAGGCCCCCAAGGCUCAGAAGAGUGAUGGGCUUCAGAAGACAAGGAUCGAGGUGGUAAAUGAAGAAAGCAAUCAAUCUGCUCGUAAAGAGAGUGAUCGGGUAGAUGAUGAGGUAUGGGAAAAAAUAACGCCUAAGUGUGGGACACCCCCCAAGGUUCAGAAGAAUGAUGUGUCUGAGAAGAAAAGGGUUGAGGUGGAAAGGGAAGAGAGAGAUCAAUCUGCUGGCGAAGAGAGUGAUCAAUCACAUAACGGGGCAAGGGAAAGAUUAAAUAACAAACGUGGAAGGGGCCGCAAGGGACAGAAGAGUGAUGGGUCUGAGAAGAAAAGAGUCAAGGCAGGUAAAGAAGGCAGCCAUCUAUCUGUUGGCAAAGAGAGUGGACCGUCAGAUAAUGAGGUGCGUGAAAAAUUAAAGCCUAAGCGUGGGAGACCCCCCAAGGCUAAGGAGAGUGACGAGUCUGAGAAGAAAAGCAUUGAGGCAGUUGAGGAUGACAUUGCAGAAUCUUCUGGCAAAGAGAGUGAUGAAUCUUAUGGUAAAGUGGGGAAGAAGUUGAAGCCUAAGCGUGGGAGACACAGCAAGUUGAACAAGGGUGUAAAGGUGGGUGGGCUGAGAAAAAGACUGGUGGGGCAAAGGACAAGACGUAAUAAGAAUCACAACGUGGGAGCUAGAAGUGCAUUAUCUGGAAAGGAACUGGUUGGCAAAAAAUCUAAUGCAACAAAGUUAGCAACAGCUAGCAAGAUCAAAUGCAGCAAUGAUCAAAAGGAAGAGGGGAGAAGUAAACAGAAGGCAGUAGUGAGAGAUAAAAUUAUAGAACUUCUUUUGGGUGCAGGCUGGACAAUUGAGCGUAGGCCUAGGAAUGGUAGAGAGUACUGUGAUGCUGUGUAUGUUAAUCCUGAAGGAAGGACGCACUGGUCUGUUACCCUGGCUUACCGGGUGCUUAAGCAGCAUUAUGAAGACGGUGGUGGUGAUUCCAGUACUUCUAAGACUGGUUUCAAGUUUACUCCUCUACCGGAUGAAGAACUCAGCAUGCUAGCAAAAACAAUGGGCAAGGAAAGGAGUGAUAAAAAUAAAAAGAAAAAGAAAUGGAAGCAGGGGAAGGGUGGGAGAACAGGUGAAGGAGUUGCAAAACAGAAAAACAAGAAAGGAAAACUGCACAAGAGAAAACUGGGUGCCGUGGAAACUCCUGGACAUACGAAGUUGAAAGACAGUACAAAACAGAAAUCUUCUCUCCGUAAACAGGACGAUUGUGCUGGUAUGUCAGAUGAUGGAACAGCAGUCAGGGAUCAUAAGCAACUCAAAACACAUAAUAGAAAGAGGUGUGCUCUAAUGAUUCGCAACUCUGAGGAAGGUGCACAUUCAGAUGGUGAUGGCUAUGUAGUUUAUAAUGGGAAGCGAACUGUACUUGCCUGGAUGAUUGAUUUGGGCACUGUGCCAUUGGAUGGAAAGGUGCAGUACUUGAAACGCAGGAAGACACGAACAGUGCUCAAGGGUAAAAUCACAACAGAUGGCAUCCAGUGUGAUUGCUGUGGUGAAACUUUUGCAAUCUCAGACUUUGAGGCUCAUGCAGGCAGCAAAUCUUGCCAGCCACUCAAAAACAUAUGUUUAGAGAACGGACCUUCUCUCUUGCACUGCCAGCUAGAGGCAUGGCAUAAACAGGAUGAGUCUGAUCGUAAAGGGUUCCAUUUCGUUGAUACCGAUGGUCAAGAUCCAAAUGAUGAUACGUGUGGGAUCUGUGGAGAUGGUGGAGACCUGAUUUGCUGUGAUAGUUGCCCAUCAACAUUCCAUCAAAGCUGCUUAGAGAUAAAGAAGUUCCCCUCAGGGGUCUGGAAUUGCACAUAUUGUUCAUGCAAAUUUUGUGGGAUGUCUGGUGGGGAUACAUGUCAGAAGGAUGAGAAUGAUGCUGCUGCCCGACCUGCAUUACUGACAUGUUGUUUGUGUGAGGAGAAAUAUCACCACUCCUGUAUUAUUGCUGAGGACACCAUAAAUGAUCACAUUAGUCUAUCCUUCUGUGGGAAGAAAUGCCAAGAGUUAUAUGAUAAACUACAGGCGCUUCUUGGGGUUAAACAUGAAAUGGAAGAAGGCUUUGCAUGGACUCUUGUUCGCCGAUUUCAUGUUGGCUCUGAUAUUUCUCUCAGUGGAAUGCACCGGAAAGUUGAAUGCAAUUCCAAGGUAGCUGUUGCGUUGCACAUAAUGGAUGAGUGCUUUUUGCCCAUGCCUGACCAUAGAAGUGGGGUCAACCUGAUUCGUAAUAUUGUGUAUAAUUUUGGGUCAAACUUCAAUCGACUGAACUACUGUGGUUUUCUGACUGCAAUUCUAGAGCGAGGUGAUGAAAUAGUCUCUGCUGCAUCCAUUAGGAUCCAUGGGAACCAUUUAGCAGAGAUGCCAUUCAUCGGGACCCGUCACAUGUACAGGCGUCAAGGAAUGUGCCGUCGGCUUCUAAGUGCAAUUGAAACUGCUCUCUGCUCUCUAAAUGUUGAGAAAUUGGUCAUACCUGCAAUCUCUGAUCUAAGGGAAACUUGGACUUCUGUUUUUGGUUUUAAGCCACUUGAAGGAUCGAGCAAGCAAAAAAUGAGGAACAUGAAAAUGGUGGUGUUCCCUGGCAUUGAUAUGUUACUAAAACCAUUGUUGAAGCAUCAUCAGUUUGCUGAAGCAAAUAUGGUUCCCACUGAAGGUUUGAAGUCCUUGGAACUCAAGGAACAUCAUACCCUGGAUGAGACAUGUAAUUCUGAUGAGAAAUGUCCUUCAGUGGGAUUUGAUUUGAAAGGUUCUAGUGAAACUAGUGUACCUCAUACUGGCAAAAUAAACGAUCAAGCUGUUGCAGUUGAAUCUGGUUCCCUUCCUGAUUGCCUGUAUGAUACUUCUGAUAUUACAAGUGAAAAUACUAAUCUACCUGCUUGUCCCAAGGAAAAAACUGCGGAUCAAUUGAGUGUGGUUCCUGAUAAUCUGGAGGGCAGAGACAGAAGUACUUUGAACACACUUGAUUCUUUGUGUGAUGUGGCUGAAUAUCAGAGUGCUGUUCCUGGUUCCAUUGCUACCUCUGAUGGUGAGAGGAAGCUGGAAGGGGAUACGCAUAUGGACCAGAAUGAUUUUUCAGUGGUUGAAAGCAAACCAUCCGGCAUGUCUUUUAUUGGGUCUGAAGCGGCUGACUCUCAAGGGAAGUGUCAGUGUGCUUCCAAGGAUGUAACUUGUGAAGUGAAAGUAGAAGAUAGCAGUGGCAGACAGAACCUCGAUUUGCUUGAUGACAAUUCUUUGCAUACCACUUCUAAAAUGGUAACAAGUCAACCCCAGCACUUGGCUUCUGCACGUGAACUUAAAGUUUCAGAUGGCAAUGCUGUUCACUAUGAGUCUACUACCUGCAAUAUUUCCUGUGAUGUAGUUCAAUCAACAACCACGUCACCUCCCCAGAAAGUGCAAGAUACUGUUAAUGGUCAUUGUGGUGUAUUGCCUGUCAACCAAAAUAUCAUUUCUUCUUGUCAGGGCAAGGGGCCUAGUGCCAAGGAAAUGGUUGUCCUAGCUUCCGUUGAUCCCAAUUCUGUACAUUCUGAUGUCCCUGCAAAACCUGAUCUGCAAUCUUGCAGAAGUAAUGGAUUUUGCAUUGCCACAGAGCUCAUAGUGAGCUCUUGUGGAGUUGAUGCAGAUGGUGUCCAUGACCUCAAAGAAGCGUCUAACACAGUUCAAAGUGAUGCCCUCUCUCCUGAUGGAAGUUUAAUUUCUGGUGGGCCUCUGAUGAAUACGAAAUUUUCAGAGCACCCCGGUUCCGUUUCUGAGAUUGAGCCUGCUAAUUUGACACAGUGCGCCUCCGAACCUUUACGCAAUUCAAGCUCUGGUCCUGGUGUUGGCCUGCACUGUGCCUCUGGUGGUGGUAAAUCAUGUGGUGCACCUGAUGUGAUAGUUUUGUCCAACCAUGCUAGUUGA